GCAAAAUACUUUUCUCUCUAUCCACCUGUCCAUACAGGGCUAUUAAGCAAUACAGUUGAAUGUAGAGAGAGAAAGUGGGGGUGGUGGUUUUGGUUUUGAAAAAUGGAGGCGGCAAUGGGGUUGAUGAGAAGAAUUCCGCCCAAGCAUAGCGAAACGGCGCUUUCUGCACUGCUCAGCCUAUUGCCUCACCAUUCCUCCGAUCUCCUUUCUCAGGUCGAUCAGCCUCUCCAGGUUUUAUGUGAUGUGGACUGUGGGAAAGAGUUCAUUUUGUGUGAAUACAACAGAGAUGCUGACUCUUACAGGUCGCCCUGGUCAAAUAAAUAUCAUCCACCACUAGAAGAUGGACCUCAUCCAUCACCAGAAUUGAGAAAACUUGAGAUUGAAGCAAAUGAAGUUUUUGCUGUCUAUCGUGAGCAGUACUAUGAAGGUGGAAUUUCAUCCGUAUAUCUAUGGGAAGAUGAAAAUGAAGGGUUUGUAGCUUGUUUCUUAAUAAAGAAAGAUGGCUCGAAGACUGCACAUGGUAAAAGAGGUUACCUGCAGGAAGGAGCUUGGGAUGCCAUACACGUUAUUGAGGUGGGUCCCGAGGAAGAAGGAAAAGCCCAUUACUGUUUGACAAGUACAGUUAUGUUGUCAUUGACCACAAAUGAUGAGUCAUCAGGCACCUUUAAUUUGUCCGGAUCAAUUAGAAGACAGAUGAACAUGGACCUCUCAGUUGCAGAAGGUCAUUUAUGCAACAUGGGAAAAAUGAUUGAAGAAAUGGAGGGAAAACUUAGAAACUCUCUGGAUCAGCUUUAUUUUGGGAAAACAAAAGAAAUGGUUUGUACCCUGCGGCCUCCAGCUGAACUGGUGCAGAUGAGACUGCCUGAUAGCUGAGAUUCUUUUCUGCCUCUGUUAUAUGUGCUUUUAAGCGCAUGGAUUUUCUUCAUCUGUACCAAUAGUUUGACACUACCCCUAUAAAUUUCUUGUCUUCCACCAAUUCUAGUAAACCAUCUCGCUCGCCCUCAUUUUUCUCUAUAAAAGUAGUAGGUAGUAGGUCACUCUUGUGAUUAAUCAUGGCGUAAAUCUGCGGUUAUUUGAGGAAGAGAAGUUUGUUUACCGUCAAAUAGAUUUUCUGACCUUGAUUCUAGAGCAUGUCAUACUUCAUUGAAUUUGUCCAUUUGUUUACUCAUCUAUUUAUUGGAAAUUUGGCGGGG